GUCUUGUGAGCGGCACAUGACAGACCGAAUUCUAUCCUCUUGGCAUCGUGGAGAGAAAGAGGUGAGAGAAAGAGCCCGACACAUCUUCCUUUACUUUCAGAUGACGGUUUGAGGAAGCAGAAAGAACCAAGCAGCAUUGGAAAUGAACCCUUGUACCAGCAUCUUCGUCUUCUCAGUCAUCGUGUUGCUGGGUUCAUCUGCAUCAGCCGACGAUGACAAGAAAGUUAACAGACAGGCGAACAUCCAUGUGUUCACGCCGCACGGUCCAAGCCAGACGACAGAGAGUUUUACGGGAAUAUACGGGGCUCGCAGCCUGACCAACCCGGUGUCUGGGAUGCUGGUCCACGUGCGAACAGCAGAUGAAGGACGUCAUGGCUGCACCGACUACAAUCACACUCUGCCCUCGCACGACUGGAUCGCUCUCAUUCAAAGAGGUCAGUGUAUGUUCACCCAGAAGAUAAGAAUCGCCACCAAGCAGUUCAACGCUACUGGAGUCAUCGUCUAUGACCUCGAAGCUAACGACAACAUCGUCAACAUCAUCAGCCGCAUUGACGACGAGGUCUACGUAUUCGUGCAUCAAAACGUCGGUCGCAGGUUGGCGCUGAUGGUGGACGCCGGCUCCCACGUGCACGUCAACAUCACAGCUGCUUUCACCAUGGAUAACAGCAGUACCUCCAUCAUCUCCUCCGCUCUCUCCUCCUUCAUCGUCUGUAUCAUUGCCCUUUUAGUCAGCAUCGGAUAAGCAGUCAGAGCCUCGAUAAAGCUGUUAUCUUGAAAACAAAUUCAAGCUUGUUGUGUAAAUCCUUUACUUUUCCAACUGUUUGAAAAAAUGCUAAAAUCGUUUAUUUCUAUGGGUCA